AUGACGUCAUCGAGGCGCGUCUUCGUCUUGCUUCUACUCGGUCCCCAACUUGUGGCACCACUUCUCCUCUAUGGAUGCUCCCUCAGCGAGGAUCUGUGCGAGGAUGGGGAAACUUGUGUCAAUGAUGGACUUUUUGGUCAAUGCUGGGCACCGGACUCAAACAGUGCCCGACCGUCGGUGCUUCCCGCACUCGACGAGGCCCAACUUGAAUUGCUUCAACUCGAGAUCUCUCGAUUAGCGAAUGAGGGCUACGAAUGGCCUGAUCAAAAAGCGCAAUGUGUUUUUGCUUAUUUCAAGCUAACAAUGGCUUACGAGUUGCAGUAUGAUCCAACAUUUUGCGAAGUUCGAGCACCAGCAAACAUUUGGGCACUUAUUCAAUUGGUUGAUAUGAGCUUAAAAGAGCAAAAAACUGGCUUGGAAGAGGUGGAUGAUGGAGUGGUGAUGGAGAAGCGAUCAAUCAUUGAAUUGCCUGAUGAUUAUGUUGAUGAGCAAGAGAUUGGUGGUGGACAAGAGCCAAGCGCCCUUGAGGAGCUCCUCUCGGGCAACGACGCCGUGAUUCUCGAGCCAAUUGAUGGAUCAGAAAUUGAAGUACUCGACGAGCCGAUCGAAAACCUCAUUCGUGACUUAAACGAGCCGCCACCGGAAAUCGAGGAAGAUGAACUUUUACUGCUUGAGCCGAGUCUCGUCGAUCCAGUCGUUCAAGAGGCGAUUGAAGAAGUUUUGGAGGGAAGAAAUCCGGAUUUGAGUAGUCUUUCCGAUGCUCAACUCGACAGCCUCAUAACCACCGUUUACGCGCUUCGUCUCGCUCAUGAAAACAAUGCCACUGAAAGUACAACAGGAGAAGCCGAAGAGGCGAUUCCCCUUGAGACUGUUGAAGGUCGACAAGUGGAUGUGCUGAAAAAGGACAAAGAGCAUGUCGGGGAAACGAAUCUUGGACUCGAAAACGUUGAGCACAAGAUUGUGAAAGGGACUCCAGCCGUUUCGAGAGUUGUCGGCAAUCGAGUCUAUCUCAAGGUGAACAUCAAAGAAGAAAGCCAGCUCUAUCCACUCAUCGAAUUCUUGCAAAACACGAUCGCUUUACCCAAUGGACUUUUAUUCGACGAUUUCAAUUUUGAAGACGGUCAACUCUCGUUGAGAAUCAGCCGCAUCGAGGACGUGCCAAAAACGGAUAAAGCUGAGAAAGUGAUCGAUUCGGUGGAAGGAGUUGCAAAAGCUGUUUACAAACGAAGAAAGGAUAUUGCUCGUCUCUCUGGCGCUGAAGUGGCCGAAACUGGGAUUGGAAUUGGACAGGAAUCGGUGCCCGUGGAAUCGGUUGAGCGUGAUUGGCUUCUCGUGCCUUUGCUCUUUGUCUGUGCAUUCACCAUUACCGCGCUUGUUUCAGUACUCGGGGUUCACAUCUAUCGACAACGGAGCUACUACAAAGGCAACAUCACAUCGUUGGGUGGAGAUUUAGAGGCAAAAGCCGGACAAGAGUAUCAAGAAUUGUGCCGCCAAAGAAUGUUGCAAGACACGGAUAGACCUACCGGCAGCAAACACAGCAGCACCUCGUCCUGGUGCGAAGAGGGAACAUCACAACCGAGCAUCGACAUCUCGACGGGACACGUUCUCUUGAACUUCUUGCAAGAAUAUAUCAAUGACUCGAAACGAAUGGAGGCUCAAUGGCAAGGACUUCAGACCUACAGAAAUGAGAGCAAAUCAAGGGACGUUGGACUAGCACACGCAAAUCUCAACCGAGCAGUGACACCAUAUGAUGUGAAUUUGGUUCGAAUCAAUGGCGAGGAUCCGGAUGAGUCACCGUAUUUGAAUGCUUCUUUCAUCUAUGAUGAUGAUCCGAGACAGCCACUCUACAUUGCCGCUCAAUCACCAAUUGGCAAUGAUGGAGCUGCGACUUGGUGGUCAGCUGUUUGGCAACACGAUAUGUGCCUCAUUGUCAAUCUCUCCACAAUGGAAGAGGCGAAGACCGAUGGAAUCUACUGGCCCGAGCACGGAUCUACUAUCUAUGGAGCUUUUGAAGUUCACCUCGUUUCCGAGCACAUCUGGUCCGACGACUACAUCGUUCGAUCGUUCUACUUGAAGAACUUGAAGAACGCACAAACAAGAACCAUCACCCAAUUCCAUUACUUGAGCUGGAAGAGAGGAGAAGUGCCAAUCACACCGAAGACUCUACUCGAGUUCCGCAGAAAAGUGAAUCGCUCGUACCGUGGCCGUGCUGCGCCGAUUCUUGUUCAUUCGAAUCAAGGUGCCGGCCGAACGGGCACCUAUUCUGCUAUUGACAUGCUUUGCGCCAGAAUACAACGUGGAGUCAAAGAGAUCGACGUGGUGGCCUCCGUGGAGCAUUUGCGUGAUCAGCGCGAGAGUCUCGUCUCCACCGAAGCGCAAUUCAAAUUCAUCUAUGCGUCGGUGGCUCAAGAGGUCUCCUCACUUAUCAAGACCAUUCCCCAA